AUGUCUUCCAAGCCUGUUUCGGUCGCUGUCAUUGGAGCGUCCCAUGCAGGCCUAGGAGUCAGUCAUAAACUCCUCCGGCAGGCACCCAAAGCAUCGAUCACACUGAUUGACCCGUCGGACGAAUAUUACUUCAACAUCGCUACACCCCGAUUCCUCGUCAAACCUCAAAGCUUGCCGUCAAACAAAUACCUCUAUGACAUUCGUGAAAGCUUCAUCGAAUAUCCCAGUGGGUCCCUCAAUUUCGUCAAAGGGCUUGUCACCAGGAUUGAUUAUUCGAACAAGUCGGUACUUGUCACGACGAACGAAAAUUCCAUCAAGAACGAUGUCAUCUCAGUAGCAUUCGAUUAUCUGGUGAUUGCAUCUGGUAGCACAACACCGGCUACGCUUGGACAGGGUAGUCUGAAACUCCCUUUCAAGGCGACUGCAUUCGAAGAUACCAGGAAAGCAAUUUCCGAGGCUCAGAAGAAACUCCAGAAUGCCACGAGACUUGUCAUCGGCGGUGCGGGUCCACUGGGAGUCGAACUCGCUGGAGAAUUGGCCGAAGCAUCGGGCUCACCAAAGGUCAUCACUCUGGUUUCGAAGACCGGUUCAUUGCUGGAGGGAGCAACGGAUACUGUGCAAAGAACCGCCGAGUCAAUCCUUCGACGCAAGAAUGUCGAGAUCCUGAAAAACGUCACCGUCGACGAAGUGAAUGAGGAUACAGAAAAGAAGAGCUGGACGGUAAAGCUGUCCACUGGUCAAACUAUCACGGCAGAUGAAUACAUCUCCACGACAGGAGUGAUUCCAAAUAAUCAAUUCAUCCCGAAAAGUUUCCUAAAUGACGAGGGCUGGGUGAAUGUCGAUGAACAACUUCGAGUCGUGGAAGGCAAAACCAGCCGAAGCGACACGUACGCAGUCGGCGACAUCACCUGCCAUCCUUAUCGGCUCCUCUCCAGAGUCUCCAUUCAAGCAGCGACUGUUGCGUCUAACAUUGCUGCAAGUAUCAAGAAGGAUACCCGCAUUGCUAAGUACUCCGCUGAAGCGCAGAGGAAGAUGAUGGUCGUCCCCGUGGGACAGUCGACAGGUACGGGGCACUUUGGCGGAUGGACACUCCUGGGUUGUCUCGUGUGGUUCUUCAAGGGCAAAGAUUUCUUGACUUAUGAAGCGCCAAAGUUUCUGCGAGGCAAAGUGGAGCGCUAA